AUGACUUCUUCAUCCAGUAUUACUAACCGUCAAAUACCAAUCAACCUUCUUUGUCACUUUCUUGCUUUAAGAUUUCCAUCCACAACAUGUAAACUAUGUAAGCAUGAUUACAACAAAGAAGCUUAUCAGAAAGAAAGGAAGUGGCAGAAGAUAGCAUCCAUUGGAAAGAAAAGAAUUGCCUCAGAAAGGACUAGUACAAAGAUAGCUGCUGCUGCUGCAAAUGAUUAUAAUAGAUCAUCAGAGGUUGUUAAAGGAUGCUUUGUUAUCUUCACAAUGGAUAAGAGACGCUUCCUGAUUCCCUUGGCAUUUCUUAGCAUCUGCAUUUUCCGUGAACUCUUCAAGUUGUCUGAAGAGGAGUUUGGACUGCCAAGUGAUGGAGCUAUAACAUUUCCAUGUGAUUCAGUUUUCAUGAACUACAUUGUCUCCAUUGUGAAAUGA